AAAUACUCUCAUUUCAAAUACAAAGUGGGACCUUGAGCUUGUCCUAGCAGAAAAACAUAUAUGGGUGUUGUGCUAUUGUCUAUGAACCGAAAGUAAAAGUGGGUCCGGGUCCACAUGCUCUUACUCAAAUGAAUUGACUAAGAUCAGUGAGCCAAGUGUCACUCUACUCCGAAAGGAAAAGCCAUCGCCGCCGCAUCGGAGAAAUCCAGUAAUGGAGUGGACCACCGCCAAAUCUCACUCACCCAUCUACGCUCUCCUCCGCAGACCUCCACCUUCAAACCGACCGCCACCGCCGCGUUCACCUAAAUCACACUUCUCACCAAUCUCAAUCAAGCUCAACAAUCUCCAAUCCCAAUCUCAAUUUCGGAAGCCCCUUUUCGCAGCCCCGACCUCACGCCGCCCCGAAUCGAAACCCACUCACUGCGGCAAUUCGUCGAACGCCGUGAAUGCAGAAGAGAGGAGCUGGAUCGAAGCGGCUGGGGAGGCGGUGUCGACCGCAUUUCCAGUGUGGGUGGCGCUGGGGUGCUUGCUAGGGCUGUUGCGGCCGAGCUCCUUCAAUUGGGUGCAGCCGAAGUUGACGGUGAUGGGCAUCACCCUCACCAUGCUUGGAAUGGGCAUGACGCUCACCUUUGAUGAUCUCCGCGGCGCCCUCGCUAUGCCUAAGGAGUUGUUUGCUGGAUUCUUCUUGCAGUAUUCGAUAAUGCCAUUAUCCGGAUAUAUUGUGAGCAAGCUCUUAAACUUGCCGUCAUAUUAUGCAGCCGGCUUGAUACUGGUGGGAUGCUGCCCCGGAGGAACAGCCAGUAACAUCGUUACAUACAUUGCACGCGGAAAUGUGGCUCUUUCCGUGUUAAUGACGGCUGCAAGUACGCUCUCUGCUGUGGUUAUGACUCCUUUUCUCACAGCAAAACUCGCAGGCCAAUAUGUUGCCGUCGACGCAGCAGGUCUAUUCAUGUCGACUUUGCAGGUUGUGCUUCUCCCGGUUCUGGCUGGCGCAUUUCUGAAUCAGUACUUCCGGGGCCUUGUUAAGAUCGUCUGCCCCGUGAUGCCUCCCAUCGCUGUAGCAACUGUCGCGAUCCUAUGUGGAAAUGCAAUCGCUCAGAGUUCCUCCGCGAUCCUCACGUCUGGCCUACAGGUAGUUCUUGCAGUGGCCUUUCUUCACACUUCAGGGUUCUUCUUUGGAUACGUGCUUUCGAGAAUGUUGGGGAUCGACGUAUCCUCUUCGAGAACAAUCUCCAUCGAGGUUGGAAUGCAGAACUCGGUGCUUGGAGUGGUUCUUGCGACUCAACACUUUGGGAACCCGUUGACAGCUGUGCCAUGCGCGGUUUCCAGUGUGUGCCACUCGAUCUUUGGUAGUGCGUUGGCUGGGAUUUGGAGACGGGACAUCCCCAAGAAAGAUCGAGACGAGAAACAAGAUGCAUAGUUGCAAGGCAAAUCUGUCAUCUUUUCUCUCUAUCUGGUAUUGGAAUUUAGGCAGCUUUGUAUCCCAACAAAUUGUAGCUUUGGCGUAUUGAUAUGGUUCUUUGUUGUUGUUGUUGUUUCGAUUUUUUAUUUGCAAUGAAGCAGUGGGGGGCAGUUAAGGUGGUGAGCAAAAGGUUUAUUUCAUGAA